AUGUCUUUUUCGACUAACGGAAGUUCAGAUGCUUUGGUUUUGUCACAAGCGAAACUAAUUAAUCACAUCGUACUUACAUACUUUAUGGGAGCUUACACCAUGUGCCGGAUAAUGAAUGCAACUGACAAAGCGAUCGACGUACUCAUUAGUGACCCUCCAAUUGUCGUUGUGCAAAUUCAAAAUGGAAUAGUUGAAGCAAUCGACGUUGGUUGUAACGUUUUCUUGAUUGAGGAAGAUGCUGCGCUUGGUUUUUUGGAUGAUUUCGUGACAACACACGAUGCUGCUCGGUUUCGAUGUUCAACAAAGCAUUUUUUAAUUGUACUGCAAUCGACUGGUGAAGAACAGCAGAAUAUUCUUGAAAGAAUACAAAUGCACUCAGCACUGGAAGAUAUGCCGAAUAUUUUACUGAUUGCUCCAAAAGAUAAAGCAUUUGAGCUGAUCACAAAUCGUUUUGUUGGAAACUCACCAGAAUCGCAGGAUUAUAUUCUAUUGGAUACAUACAAAAUUGGAAAUGAAUCGUUCGUCUACAAAAACAACCUUUACCAAGACAAAUUGCUCGAUCUCAUGGGUAAACGCAUAAAAAUGGCUUCAUUCAACAUCAUUCCUUGGAUGAUAUUUCGGGAAGCGGAGGAUGGAAUUAUAAACUUCCACAAUCAGUCUUACACAAUGGACGGAACAGACGGAUAUUCUGUGGUUCAGUUUUGCUUACGCCACAACUGCUCCUGGGAUUUGUAUGUCGAUGAGAAACACCUCUAUGGAGAAAUUUUUGCGAACGGUACUGGUAAUGGGAUGUUUGGAGCUUUGUUAUCCAGAAAGGUUGGUUUCGCUAUUGGCGCAGUUGGCGGAUACCACAGCAUGUUCAAAUAUUUCACUUUAUCUAAGGCGUUACAAUGGGCGGGAGUUACUUGCCUAACAGCAAAACCUAAACUGGUACCAUAUUGGAAGUUUAUUUUCAUGAUCUUUUCGCCAUCAAUCUGGAGUAUCUUGAUUAUGACUUUUAUGAUAGUUACGUCAUGCUUGUAUUUGGCCAAUCGAAAAAAUCCACAGUACGGAGAUAAGGGUUACGUGUGGAUCUUCCUAAAAGUCCUAAAAACUUUCGUGCUGGCCACAGCUGAUCUGCAACGGAGCAACGUUUCCAGCGUUAUAUUGAUCACAUCCCUUCUCAUGUUCACACUUAUCGUUUGUAACGUUUACAUUGGACAAAUUCACAGCAUCCUUACCCUUCCGCCCUACCAAGCUUCAGUGAACACUGUGCAGGAUCUCAUCAAAAGCGGGCUUCGACUAGUGGCACCACAUUUAGCAUGGAUCUAUUCCAUAGAUGGAUCUGACAAUCCCAACGAUCAGAAACUGUUGGCUCACUUCCAAGUGGUCACGCCCGAGCGAAUGUCGGAAAUAGUGAACAACGGAUGGGAAGCCAUAAUGAUCGCGUUCCUCGAGAACGGCCACAGCAUGGUUGGCGAGGCCAUCAACGCUCAAAACAUUCGGCAAUACCGGCUCAUGAAGGAGGCACUCUACUACGAGUACGAAGUGGCCUAUGCUACCAAGACCUGGCCCCUGUUGGAUAAGUUCGAGCACCUGACCAUGUGGAUACGGGAUGCCUGCUUGUUUCAGUACCUGGAGCAAAUAACGGUCAAUCGAUACAUGGACUAUUGGGUGCAGAUUGCGAUUGAACAUUCCCGGGAAACACCUCAUGUCCAACUGAAAACCAUGGCUGUCGAGGAGAUCUCCGGCGCACUGAUGAUCCUAGGAGUGGGCUUUAUGAUAUCAAUUUCGGUGUUUCUAUUGGAAAUUGGAAAUCGAUACAUGGGGUGCCGAAUAAUACAGCCCCAUCGAGCAACCAAUUCAGAGGAGGAUACCGAGGUCGUAACGCUCGAGGAAAUAUUCUUCGAGGUGGAGGCCAGUAUAAUGGUAGAAAUCAUGGCUACCAAAACAACUACCAAACGCGAGGUCGUGGUAGAUAUGCGUAUCAAAACAGCCACAGUAAUCGCGGUGGAAAUAAUUUUCGGGGUGGAAAUCACCAUCAGCACUCGCGUGUUUUCUAUGCCCAGCCGGAAAACCAACCGAACCCCCAAUCUCAGAGUAGUGUUUGAAGAGUGUUUGCUGCUGCCUUUCCUGAAGAAACACGGUUGUUCCGUACUGUUUUUGCCGGAUUUGGCAUCUUGCCAUUACGGUAAAAAGGCUAUGGAGUGGUAUGCCGCCAACAACGUGCAGGUGGUUCCCAAGGACAAGAACCCUCCCAACACGCCAGAGCUCCGCCCAAUUGUUAAAUACUGGGCUAUUGUCAAGCGGAACCUAAAGAAGACCAAUAAAACUGCUAAGGACGAGCAGCAGUUCAAGGCAAACUGGCUUUCUGCGCCGAAGAAGGUGGACAAGGUGGCUGUACAAAAUCUGAUAGCAGGGGUCAAGCCCCUAAAAUGCUUUAUAAAAACGUCUUCCGUAAGCCGCCGUCUCAAUCAAAAAAGCAAUAUGUCCAACUUUAGUGCUUUGGGCACAAUAGAAAUCCCCGACGAUUUUGGGGUAUCAGCUUUGGUCAACCUAAUCGUUUUGCGCUAUUUUAAGGAUAUUUUUUGCACUUGCAUAAUCACCCAAACACCAGAAGAUGAUUACCUAAUAACAUUCAGGCCGCCCUACUCAGCAAUCUAUCUGGAUUUGACAACCGUUGAUGAACAAACACUGCUGGAUAGCAUCGACAACGGUUGUCAAUCUUUCAUAGUUACAACCAGCGCAUCGCAAACAUUUCUUGACGAAUUCCACUACUUUCAUGAUAGAGCACUCCAAAGAUUUUCCAACAAGAAAGUGGUAAUCCUUAUCGAUAACCAAACCAUCCAUUUAGAGAUUAAUGAGCUUGUUCAACACGAUGCCAUCCAUGACAUCCCGAACCUAUUAUUCGUGAUUCCUGACGACCAUGAUCGUAUAAAACUGAAGACUAAUCGAUUCAUCACCCAAGACCGAUACAGUGAUCUGAUUUUACUUGAUGAAUACAUCCCAUCGCUUGGUACGUUCUUGUACGAAAACGACCUGUUCCCACAAAAGUUACAUAACAUGGAAGGCCGCUAUCUUCGCUUGGCAAUAUUCAACUACCAUCCCUACACCAUGUGGGAGGAACUGAACUCAACCGGCGGAUCCAAUGCCGACUAUGAACAACAACCAGUACUGAACGUCGACGGAACCGAAAGCAGAAUAUUCCUGGAGUUCUGCGCCAAAUACAACUGCACCUUGGACAUUUCGCUUGACGAAGCCAACGAGUGGGGUGAGAUAUUCGACAAUCGUACCGGCAACGGCAUAAUCGGAGCCGUCGUUGAACACCGAGCGGAUAUUGGCGUUGGUGCUCUCUACUCGUGGCACCACGAGUCAAUCUAUCUUACCUUGUCGAAACCAAUCUCGAGGUCCGGAAUCACGUGCAUCACUCCCAUGCCGAAGCUGCUCAAUGGAUGGCUGAUUCCUAUUCUGCCGUUUUCGCAAAACCUGUGGAUCGCUGUUCUGAGUACGUUUCUUUUCAUGAGCUUCUUCUCGCUGUUCGUCAAUUAUCUGGUGGACAAUGUGUUGCACAAGGAGAACCGUCGUGUAGACUUAUGCGAGAGCUUCAUGAUCAUCGGCAGUAUCUUCAUCCUGCAAACCGUGCUACUGAGAAUCAAUCGAAGCAAACUGGUAUCGCAAAUGAUCAUCAUUGGGUCCCUGCUGUUCGUGGGGCUAAUGAUUGGAAACGUGUACAGUGGAGGGCUUUCCAGUAUUAUGACAAUCCCUCGCUACGAGCGCCCAAUCGACACCGUUCAAGAUCUGGCGGACAAUAAUUUUCCGUGGGCAUCAACCCACGAUGCUUGGAUCUUCUCCAUCCUAAUGGCCACUCAACCGACCAUCAUUAAAAUCCUUCAUAACUUUCAAACCCACCCCAAAGAGGUGCUGCACCACCACACAAAAACACUCGAUUUGGCCUACAGCGUGGAGCGAUUGCCAUAUGGCCAUUUCGCCAUCGGAGAGUACAUCGACGAGGAAGCUUCUCACAAAUUUCACCUCAUGAUAGAGGACAUAUACUGGGAAAACUGUGUAGCCAUGUCCACCAAAACGUGGCCCAUGAUGGAACAGUUGGACCAACUGAUUCUGACCAUAUUUCAGAGCGGCAUGCAGCGCUACUGGGAACUGCAGGUGGUGUCCAAAUUCGAGAACAACAAAGUUCAGCUGGCCAUCGCUACGUCACGCCAUCAGCAAAAUAGUGGACCAGUAAAAUUGCAACCGUCUCAUCUGCUGGGUGCGUUCAUGCUGCUAGGCUUUGGAUUGGCUGCAGGACUGGUGGUAUGCUUAGGGGAGGUUUCACUGGAGAAGUUUUCGCGAAAAGCGCCUCGUCGAAAAUGGUUCGGUUCGGCGAAUAGCUCCGAUCGUAACUCUAGCGGAGAAUAAUUUGAUAUUGGAACUGAGAUAGCUUCAUAUGGUGAGGGAGAAUAUCCUAAGAUGUUUCAUGACAUUUGUAAUAGAACUGACAAUUAUAGGCUAUGCGAUAUUCCAAUAGAGGUAAAAUAAACUAGAGAAAGAAUGAGGUGAUCCAGGCUUUUUAA